AAUCUUUAUUUUGAAAUUUAGAAAGUUUAAAAUCAUUUGGCACUAUCUGGUGACAUUAUAAAUGUAAAUGUUUAGAAUACUGCUUUACUAUUGUUUUUACAUAAACGUCAAGAUCUACAUUUGUAGCAUUCGGUGUUCUAAUAAAAUUAAUAAGAAGAUAGUAUUUAUUCUGUGAUUGUUAUAAUUUAAAUAGAUAAAAAAUAGUGAAGUAUAUUUUGAGAAAGAAAUCUUUCUAUUAGUGCACUAUGCCUCUCCAUCGUUAUACUCAUGCAGUUUUAUGCAGAAUUCCUCUUUCACUUCGUACAAGAGGCGAGGUCACAUUAGAUGAAGCUAGAACUCAACAUUUGGCACUUGCUCAACUUUUGCGAGAACUCGAUAUCGAUGUGGUUGAAAUGCCACCAGAUGAAAACUCACCGCUUUGUGUUUUUGUUGAAGAUAUUGCAGUUGUAUGCAAUGGUAUUGCACUUAUAGCUCGGCCCAAUGAACCGUCGCGCCUAAAAGAGAUUGAGACAAUUAGAGCUGUUUUAAAGAAAGAAUUGGAAAUUCCUCUUAUAGAAAUAGCUGAUAAAAAUGCUCGUUUAGAUGGAGGAGAUGUUUUAUUUACCGGUCGUGAAUUUUUUGUUGGAUUAUCUCAUUAUACAAAUGAAGCAGGUGCAAGAGCAGUUGCAGCAGCAUUUCCAGAAUAUCCCUGUGUACCUAUUAAGGUUGCUGAAUCCAAACGUCUUAAAAGUUUAGUUACAAUGGCUGGUCCAGAUAUUAUUUGUGUAGGUGCUGGAAAAGAAUCUCAAGAAGUUUUAAAGAGAAUUGAGAGAGAAGCAACUUAUAGUUACCAAACAUUAACUGUGCCUGAAGAUGCUGCAGCCAAUGUACUUUAUGUGAAUGGAACAUUGAUUCACAGAUCAGAAGAUGAAAUUCCACAAUCAAGUAAAGUUUUUGCAGAAAAAAUUGAAUUUCCAACUAGAUCAUUACGUAUGUCUGAAUUAGCAAAGGUCAGUUCUGGUUUGACUUCUUGUUGUUUAUUAGUACGUAGACCCAGACAUAUUCGCAGUAUUUAAACUAAGAAUUAAAAAUAUACCUAGCAUAAGUGCUAGAAUUAUAUAUUGAUGUGAAUUAUAAAAUCAAGAGUUUAAAUAUUUCUAAUAGAAAAUGAUAUCAAAAUACUGUGCAAAAACAUUAACAUAAUGACGUAGCACGUAUACGUCGUUCUAAAACUUUAAUAACUAUUUUAAUGUGAACAGAAAGGAUUAUUUUAUAAUUAUUUUAUAAAAAAAUUAUCUUAAUAUAAAAGAGAUUUUAUAUAAUUAAGAAGAUUAAUAUAUUUGAUUUUAAGAU